GAGACAGAGGAUCUGACGGGUAGUCAGUUUCUUCACCUAUCUGUGCACAAGAGCACCACCGAGCGCGUUCUCUCUGUCUCCAGGAGUAUUUCAGCUUCUUUCCACACACAGCCAGCCCGUUUCAGCACCCCCGGAGGUGUUCACGCACUGAACAUCAUCUCGCAGUCGCGUUCAGUUUGUACGGGUCUAAUUAAAGUGAAUUUGAAGACGACGAGGCACAGAACGAAGCAUCUAGAGCGCGCGCAUCCCUCGGAGAGCGCGAGCAACAUAUGUGCUGCCUCUGAAGACUCGGUACAGCACCUCAGUGUGUCUGAAAACGCGUGAAAAAAACGUUUCACCCGACUGUUGAAAACUUUCAAGGAAUAUUUACGAGCGUUUUAUAGGAUUUCCUGUCAGUAACACUGAGUAAAACUAAUACUUUUGGGGAUAUUUAGAGGACGGAAUACGAAGUGAACGCUGCGUUCCGAGGGGAACCACAUUUACGCUCUUUCGGUUCCACGCUUCUUUUUGCGGACGGAAGUUUCUGAGUUUUCUAACGGAAAAAAUGGGCUUAACUGGUUAUUUUGAGCUGCAGUGGAAAUGCCUGGUUGUUGUGGCUCUAAGACUGCUGUUCCUUGUGCCCGCAGGAGUGCCAGCGAGAAGCGGAGAUUCUUAUUUAAAGGACAACAUCACUGUCAGACAAGGAGACAGUGCUGUCUUGAAGUGCAAUGUGGACAACAAAGUAUCGCGGGUGGCAUGGCUCAACCGGACUACUAUCCUCUUCACAGGGAAUGAAAAAUGGUCGUUGGACCCCCGGGUGGUCCUGUUAAACACAGCAGUCACCGAAUACAGUAUAAAGAUCAUAAACGUGAACUUAUACGACGAGGGGCCGUACGUGUGUUCCAUCCUCACGAACAAGAAACCAGAAUCAACCAAAGUGCAUCUCAUCGUACAAGUUCCUGCCAGGAUUGUAAACAUAUCAGCGGAUGUUUCGGUGAACGAGGGUAGUAACGUAAGCCUCAUGUGUCUGGCCAUCGGACGACCUGAACCCAGCAUUUUUUGGAAAUUCCGUUCUUCAAAAGGUGAUGGAAAAGGUAAUAGAAUCAUAACUGAGGGUGAAUACGUGGAAAUGACUGGAAUCACCAAAGACAUGUCCGGCUCGUACGACUGCAUCACGUCAAACGACAUCUCGCCUCCAGACGUGAGGACUGUUCAGGUCACCGUAAACUAUCCACCUGUCAUCUCGCGAGCUCGGAGCACAGGAACGGCUGUUGGCCAGAAAGGAGUUUUGUGGUGCGAGGCGUCUGCUGUUCCUCUGGCUGAUUUUCAGUGGUAUAAAGGGGAGCGCAGACUCUUCAACGGACUCAACAGGGUCAAGAUCGAAAACAAGGGGAAACAGUCCAUGCUAACGUUCUUUAACGUCUCGGAAGAGGACUACGGGAACUACACCUGCGUGGCCAUGAACACGCUGGGAAUAACAAAUGCCAGCAUUAUUUUGUACGGCCCUGGAGCGAUACACGACGUGAACAACGCAGCCUUAUCGCCAACCAGCUCAUUCUUGCUUCUGACUCUGGUUUUAACUCUGUCGUUCAUCAGCAAGUUUUGAUGCUAAAGCAGCGUGUCCGUUUCUCCAUACACAAACAGACUCACAGUCCCACACACACAGAGAAGAAGAGUACUUUAUCAGUUAUUAUUAUGGUCAUCAUCAUUUGAAUUAAUUUGUCUUUCGUUUUGCUUCUGAAGGGAAGUGUCAGUGUGGGUUUAUGAGUCUGUAAUAAGAUGCUUUGGGAUUUAACCGUGUUUUGAAACAGUGAACUGGACUGUGAAUGGAGUCAGUUUGUUAGCUGGGUAGAAAUAAUAUAGAACCACUAUAUGUCUCUUCAACCUUUUGUAUGUGAAAAGAGAAGCAAACAUUCAUGUAAUCGUGAAUAACUGAAUGGUUUUUCGCUCAGUAUUGAACAGUGUGAAUUGAGGUGUCCUGUUUUCCUGUAAAAUAACAUGAUUUUUCUUUCUUUAAAAAAAAAUAAUUGAUAAAAAAAUGACAAACAGCAAAAAAAA